AUGAGCAGGGCCAGCGCUUACUUUGGAAAGGAAAGAGCGGUGGCCAUCGAGGCUGUUGAGUGUGCCUCGCGGGUCUGCCAGGCCGUGUUCAAGCGGCUCGUGACAGAGGAGACACUAACAAAGAAGGACAAGUCGCCAGUUACAGUCGCUGACUUUGGAGCGCAGGCCGUUGUCAACCUCAUCCUUGAGAAGCACUUUCCCGACGACCCGGUUGUCGGCGAGGAGGACUCCAAGGAUUUGCAGGGUGAGGAGGGCCGUGUGCUGCGCGAAAAAGUUGUGGAUCUUGUCAACACUAUCACAGAGCAGCCCCUCAGCUCUGACGAGAUUCUUCGGUUGAUUGACCGCGGGCAGUACGCUGGUGGGCCCAAGGGUAGCCACUGGACACUGGACCCCAUUGAUGGCACAAAGGGAUUCCUGCGUGGCGAGCAGUUUGCUGUCUGUCUGGCCCUUAUUGUUGACGGCAAGGUGCGCGUGGGCGUGCUCGGCUGCCCUAACCUUCCCUACGAGCUGGACAAGCCCGACGGCGAGCGUGGCGUAUUGAUGGUGGCUGUUGAGGGCCAGGGCGCGUUCCAGAGACGACUUCAUGGUGGCGGCAGAGCAGACGAAGUGCUGAUCCACGCAUCAAAGGUCGCUGAUACUAGGGACGCGACGUUCUGCGAGUCUGUCGAGGCCGCACACACCAGCCAUGGCGACAGUGCCAACAUUGCCAAGCUGCUGAACAUCACUAGGCCCUCAGUGCGCAUGGACAGCCAGUGCAAGUACGCAGCAGUCGCCCGCGGCGAUGCCGACAUUUAUUUGCGCCUUCCCCAGAAAGCUGCAUACGAGGAGAAGAUUUGGGACCAUGCCGCCGGAAACAUCAUCAUCCAUGAAUCGGGAGGUCGAGUCACCGAUGUGAACGGAAACCCGCUGGACUUUUCAAUUGGUCGCACAUUGAGCGCCAACAAGGGUGUCAUAGCUGCGAAUGCCAACAUAUUUGACACGGUUAUCGACGCGGUUCAAACCACGCUCGCUGGAAAGUUUUGA